AUGAAUGAUAUGGGCCUGGAUGGCGUUUCAUACAUUAUUGUUGAUGAAGCUCAUGAAAGAAGCUUGAACACCGAUCUUCUCUUAGCUUUGGUAAAGAAGAAGCUGCUUGAUAGGGUGGAUUUGCGACUCAUUAUAAUGUCUGCCACUGCUGAUGCUAAUAGACUAGCUGAAUACUUUUAUGGCUGUCAAACAUUCCAUGUUAAAGGGCGAAAUUUUCCUAUUGAAAUUAAAUAUAUCCCAGAUGUAUCAGUGGAUGCUUCCUUCAAUACUGUACCGAACUCUCUGAAUGAUGCUUUUGCUACUGCUGCUUAUGUCAAUGAUGUUGUAAGGGUGGUAAGUGUGAUUCACAAGAAUGAAGAAGAGGGUGCCAUACUUGCUUUUUUGACAUCUCAACUGGAAGUUGAGUGGGCCUGUGAAAACUUCAGCGAUGCAAGUGCUGUGGUACUUCCUAUGCAUGGAAAGCUUUCCCAUGUAGAACAGAGUCGUGUUUUCAACAGCUAUCCCGGUAAGAGAAAGGUUAUCUUCUGCACGAAUAUGGCUGAAACAUCACUGACCAUCAAAGAAGUGAAGUAUGUUGUUGAUCCUGGACUGGCCAAGGAGAGCAGAUUUGUGCCUAGCAGUGGUCUCAAUGUGCUGAAAGUAAAUUGGAUUUCCCAAAGUUCCGCUAGUCAACGUGCUGGCCGGGCUGGUCGAACAGGAGCAGGGAAGUGUUACAGGCUUUACUCUGAAUCUCACUUCAGAAUGAUGGAAGUGCAUCAAGAACCUGAAAUCCGGAAAGUUCAUCUUGGCACUGCUGUUCUGAGAAUACUUGCUUUGGGUGUUAGGGAUGCACAGAAUUUUGAGUUUGUUGAUGCCCCAAAUCCAGACGCAAUCAAUAUGGCUUUGAAGAACCUUGAACAAUUGGGUGCUGUCAAAUGUAAAUGUAAUUUGUUUGAGCUGACUGAUACUGGACGCUACCUGGUCAAAUUGGGAAUUGAGCCAAGGCUUGGUAAAAUUAUGCUUGAUUGCUUUGAUUCUGGUUUGAGAAGGGAAGGUGUAAUUCUAGCUGCUGUUAUGGCAAAUUCUAGCAGCAUAUUUUGUAGAGUGGGCACUAAUGAGGAGAAACAUAAAGCUGACCUUCAGAAGGUCCGAUUGUGUCACCAAGAUGGAGAUCUCUUCACUUUACUCGCUGUUUAUAAAAAGUGGGAGGAUGGGCAUGGAAACAGGAAUAUGUGGUGCUGGCAGAACAGCAUCAACGCCAAGACCAUGAGGAGGUGCCAGGAAACUAUAUCAGAGCUUGAAAAUUGUCUAAAGCAUGAACUCAACAUUAUUGUCCCAAGUUAUUGGUGUUGGAAUCCUGAGAUUUCCUCUAUGCAUGAUAAGCUGCUAAAGAGAAUUAUUCUAUCAUCUCUUACAGGCAAUCUUGCUAUGUUUUUAGGACAUGAAAAGUUUGGUUACCAGGUGAUUUCGACAGAUCAGGCUGUGAACCUUCAUCCCUCAUGCUCAUUGCUCAAUUAUGGCAGCAAGCCAGAGUGGGUGGUGUUUACAGAAAUCUUAUCAAUCCCAAAUCAGUAUUUGGUAUGUGUAACUGCUGUUGAUCAUGAUGCGUUGUAUGCAGUUCAUUCCAUGUCCUUCAUUCAUCAACUGGAGAAACAUAAACUGCAGAUAAAAGUGAUUAGUGGGCUUGGUAAUAAUUUGCUGCGAAGAUUUUGUGGCAAAUAUGGCCAAAAUCAACACAGGAUUAUCUCACAUCUCAAGGAAGAAUGCAGGGAUGACCGAAUAACAGUCGAAAUUAACUUCAAAAACAAUGAAGUUGUGUUAUUUGCUACAAGGCAGGACAUAGAAAAGGUCUUUUGUAUUGUUAACGGUGCUUUGGAGUGUGAAGCUAAGAUGUUGAGGAAUGAGUGCCUCGAGAGAAGAUUAUUUCCUGGGAGGCCUGGCAGUUCUCCUCUUGCAUUGUUUGGCUCAGGUGCUGAAAUCAAGCAUUUGGAACUUGGGAAGAGGUAUCUAACAGUAGAGGUUCUCCAUCAAAAUGCCCAUGGUAUCAAUGACAAGGAGCUUAUUUUUUUGGUGGGCAGUCUGACCUCUGGUGUCGCUAAUUUUCAUAAAUCAGCUGGGAACUUUCGGAUAGCCUCAGAUGAAACUAAAUGGGGGAAGUUUACAUUCCUCAAACCUGAAGAUGCUGAAGACGCUGUGUUAAAAUUGAACGGAAUAGAAUUUCAUGGUUCCUCAUUAAAAGUGGUUCCAGUAUGUUCUUCUGAUAAUCGAGGAUUACCAUUUCCUGCAGUAAGAGCUAGACUAUCAUGGCCAUGUAACCCAAGCAGGGGGCAUGCAUUUGGGACCCGUUUGCUCAGGCUCAGGGAAGCACCCAUAGUUGGCCCUUCUGUUUCUGCAUGUGAAGAAGCGCUGAUUAGAGAAAUUUCUUCGUUCAUGCCAAACAAGAUUCCUGGACAAAAUUUCCGUGUUGAAGUCUUCCCUCCAGAGGAAAACAAUUCAAUGAUGAGAGCAACUAUAACUUUUGAUGGAAGUCUUCAUCGAGAGGCUGCAAGAGCGCUGGACCAUCUUGAAGGAAGCUUUCUUCCUUGUUGUCAACCUUGGCAGAUGAUACGGUGCAAGCAUGUAUUUCAUAGUACUCUGUCCUGCCCACUACAUGUUUACAAUGUUAUCAGCCAGGAAGUUAAUUCUCUGCUUGAGAGCUUCCGAAGCCAGAAAGGUGUGGUUUACAAUUUCGAAAAGACUGAUAAUGGUAUUUUCCGGUUAAAGCUCACUGCAAAUGCCACAAAAACAAUAGCUGAUUUGAGAAGGCCUCUUGAGAUUUUGAUGAAAGGCAACACUAUAAACCACCCUGACCUGACAAUAAGUGCAGUUCAGCUACUUUUGUCCCAUGAUGGUGUAGCACAUUUGAAAUCUAUUGAACAAGAAACUGGUACUUACAUUCUGUACGACAGACAAAGUCUGAAUAUUAAAGUCUUUGGGCACCAAGAUCAGAUAGCUACAGCAGAGACAAAAUUGGUGCACGCACUUACAGAGCUCCUUGAGAAGAUGCCCCUGGAAAUUAGUCUUCGUGGCCAUAACCUCCCUCCAGACAUGAUGAAGAAAACAGUAGAGAACUUUGGAGUUGAUCUGGAAGGAUUUAAGAAAGAAAUGCCUGCAGUAAAUGUUGAGUUAAAUAAACAGCGACAUCUACUUAAAGUUUGGGGCAGUAAAGAGGAUAAGCGAAGGGUUGAAGGGAUGAUCUCUGAGCUGAUAACCUCUGUUAAACAGAAUGCCCUGGUUCAACUUCCGUCUGGGAGUGUUGGAGGAAGUAAGGAUAAGGAAAGGGUGGAUGACAGUGAGCUGGCGCAGGAUGCAUGCCCUAUUUGCUUGUGUGAGACUGAAGACCCUUUUGAGCUUGAAUCAUGUGGGCACAUAUUUUGUCGGGCUUGCUUAGUGGAUCAGUGUGAAUCUGCCAUGAAAUCUCAUGAUGGCUUCCCUGUUUGCUGCCUGAAAACUGGGUGCAAGAAGCCCUUCCUCAUAGUUGAUUUGAAGCACCUGGUGUCUAAUGAGAAGCUGGAGGACCUAUUCAGAGCUUCGUUGAGGGCAUUUGUUACAUCUAGAGCAGGAAUGUAUCGCUUCUGCUCGACACCUGAUUGCCAAUCCAUCUACCAAGUGGCAGCUCCAGAUGCAGAGACCAAGCCUUUUGUCUGCGGGGCUUGCUAUGUCGAGAUCUGCACCAAGUGCCAUGUCGAGUAUCAUCCUUUCAUGUCCUGCGAGGCUUACAAGCAAUACAAGGAAGACCCAGACGCGACGCUGCUUGAAUGGCGCAGAGGGAAGGUGAAUGUGAAGAACUGCCCUUCGUGUGGGUACACGAUCGAGAAAUCUGAGGGUUGCAACCAUGUCGAGUGCAGGUGCGGCAGCCACAUUUGCUGGGCAUGCUUGGCGAACUUCAGGAGCAGCGAGGAGUGUUAUGGCCAUCUCAGGGAGAUGAUGUUGUUCGUCUGUCUGUAUAUUAACCUUGUCAUAAUUGCCUGA